GGAGAAAAAAAAAGGUGUCUAUCUCAUCAUAACUAAUCAUUCUAAUUCUUUUUAAUCUCUCUGAGUUCAUGCUCCAUUUUCAUGCUAGAAUUGCUAGACAGUCCGAGUGACGAUAUUCCUAAUUUACAUGAUAAAUCUCAAAGCUUUUCGAAUAGUGAAAUAUGUCCAUUUCGUUUAGUGGCUGUCGUAGCCGUUCAGGUGGAUUAAUAAGCGCUAUUGCUAAACAAAUCAAAUUAAUUAAUCUGAAACCUCUCGUCAAAAUUACCGUACGCUUCGAUCCAUUUUAUGAAAAAGUUUCUGAAACAAGAAAAUUCCUCUACCAUAUAUCAGGACCAAAAGUAACAGCUACAAAUAUAUCUUGCAUUCUAAAAACUGAAAUUGUUUGUGAUGAUUCAUCCCCAACUGUGACAUAUUCUUUUGAAUCUGGCGAAAAUAUUAUCUUAAAAACUUCAAAUUUAUCAACCUUGGAACUCCUUAAGGUUUUUAAUAGGCAUAUUAGUGAUCAUACCAAACCAUCGGAAGACAAGGAAAUAGUUAACAGCUCAAAAAAGGAAAAACAGCAUAAAAGAUAAUUUAGUUUAAAACUGAUAAAGACCUAUUAUUAUUAAUGAAGGGUUUUAUUGAAGUCAUCUUUUUGGGAGAAUAAUACUUUAAUAAAUGAAUAUGUAUGCUAAUAAAUUAUGUAUAAUACAAUACCCUAAAUACCUUAAUAAUACAUGUUUUGCUUUAAAAAAUGAAAUGUUUAAAAUCUGUGUCUAAUUUUCACUCUACAUUGUAUUUAAUUCUCUAAGUAUUUAUCAAAAGAAGGUUUAAAUAUGUCGCGUUACGUCGGCCCUGAAAAAGGAUACAGUAUGAAACUUAUAGACACCCUUUAUAGUCAUGUUCCGGCAUUUACGGAUAUUUUUGAUGAAGAGACUUGGUAUAUCUUCGUAACUUGCUUCGUAACAUUUACGAUCGUCGUGGUACUUAUUCUUUCUAAAUUCAUAACAAUAAGACCGGUUGAUUGAAAACUAAAUCAGUAUUGAACAUAAAAUGUUCAAGACAAAUAUUAACAUUCAUGUACUGAUCUACAAAAAUAGAAAAUGUUAAAUUACUGCUAAUUUAAAAAUUAUAUACGUAAUACUUUUUAUGAUUAAAUUAACCUAAUUUAUUAUUAAUAAAUUUAUUAUUCUCC